CAGAUUUUCAAUAUGAAAAAUAUUGAAUUUUAACUUAAAUGUAAAAUUAAAAUCGAAAAUACGUAAAACUUUUUAGUAUGCGAUUAAUAAUAAAUAUUUAAAUAAAAAUUACUAGAAAAGAUUAAUUGAUUUUUUAAAGUAUAUACUUUAAAUUAAAUUCACAUAACCUCACUUUGUUGCACAUAAUGAGUAAACUAGAAUUACUUCAUACGUUAACUGGGCAUAUUGGACGUGUUUGGAAUGUGAGUUGGCAUCCUAAAGGUACACUUUUAGCGUCAUGUGGUGAAGAUGUCACAAUCAGAAUAUGGGGACAAGAAGGUAACUCCAAAUGGGUGAACAAAACAAUAUUAACAGAAGGUCAUCAACGUACCAUUCGUGAAGUGUCUUGGUCUCCUUGUGGAAAUUUAUUAGCAUCUGCAAGUUUUGAUGCAACUACAUCGAUUUGGGAUAAAAAAUCUGGACAAUUUGAAUGUAAUGUUACACUUGAAGGGCAUGAUAAUGAAGUGAAAAGUGUUGCAUGGUCGAAAUCUGGUAAUUUGUUAGCAACAUGUAGUAGAGAUAAAUCUGUAUGGGUUUGGGAAGUUAUGUAUGGGGAAGAAUUUGAAUGCGCUAGUGUAUUAAAUGCUCAUACACAAGACGUUAAAAAGGUAAUUUGGCAUCCACAUUUAGACAUAUUAGUAUCUGCAAGCUAUGAUAAUACAGUAAAAAUGUUUAAAGAAGAUCCACAAGAUAACGACUGGUAUUGUGUAAGCACUUUAGCAUCACAUGAAUCCACAGUAUGGAGUUUAGCUUUUGAUAAAAGUGGAACUCGUUUAGCUACUUGUAGUGAUGAUAAAACCGUUAAAAUUUGGCAGCAAUAUUUACCUAACAACAAAGAAGGAAUUGAAACACCCGACAAUGAUCCCGUUUGGAAAUGUGUUUGUACACUUUCUGGUUAUCAUAGUAGAACUAUUUAUGAUAUUACAUGGUGUCCUUUGACUGAUUUGAUUGCAACAGCCUGUGGUGAUGAUGUUAUUCGAAUAUUUAAAGAAUCACCUCAAUCCAAUCCAAACGAACCAACAUUUACGCUGAUUACUAGCGUUGAACGUGCACACAGUCAAGAUGUAAAUUCAGUAGCAUGGAAUCCUACAAUAGCAGGUUUACUUGCGUCUUGUAGUGAUGAUGGCGAAGUUAAAUUGUGGCAAAUGAACAAAUUGGAAUGAUAGUUGGCGAUUGAUAGUUAUCUUGUUUUAGCUUUUUUUUCAAGAAUUAUGU